AUGAAAAUAUUAAUCGCGUAAUUAUUGAAUUAAUUAGUAUUAUCAUAAUGCGUAAUUGCUUAAUAUAGAUAUCAAAUUAUUUAAAUAUUUAUUUUACGGUCCAUGAGUGUGUCAAAAGUUCAAAAGUUAUUCUUCCGAUUUUCCUAUUACAAAAAUCUAGACCUCACUAGUCCAUAUCCGUCAUUCCAAGCCAGAGAUAUGACCACCACUCACACCAUGCAUUACAUAACUAAACCACCUUGCGAUCCUAAAAUAAUGACAUUCGGAGCAUUUCACACUGAUCAUAUGUUAGAAAUCGAUUGGACUGAAAAAAUGGGUUGGUCACGUCCAUAAAUUAUUCCUUUCAAAAGUUUCUCCAUUCAUCCAUUUGCUGCUUGCUUACAUUAUGCCAUCGAAUGUUUUGAAGGAGCUAAAGCAUACAAAGGACCAAACAAAACUAUCAGAACUUUUAGAUUAGAUUGUAACAUGUACAGGAUGAAACAAUCAGCAAAGAGACUCUCAUUACCUGACUUUGAUGGAGCUGAAUUAUAAAAAUGCAUUGAAGGUUUAUUGAAAGUGGAUCAGGAUUGGAUUCCUGACAGACCAGGAUUUAGUUGCUACAUCAGACCAACAAUCAUAGCAACAGAAGAAGCUUUAGGUGUUAGAGCAUCAAGCAGAGCAAAAUUGUUUGUUGUUUUAUGUCCCGUUGGUCCAUAUUUUCCAUCUGGACUCAAACCAGUUAGAGUGUUUUGUAACACCACAACAAUUCGUUCAGCUCCAGGAGGUGUUGGAGGAUAUAAAGUUGCAGGUAAUUAUGCACCCACCGUCAUGCCUUUGAAAGAGGUCUAAUAAAUUGGAUUCCAUUAAAAUUUGUGGAUGUUACCAGAUGGAUUGGUUUAAGAGAUGGGAGUUUGUAAUUUGUUUUUCUUCUGGAAAAAUAAGCAAGGAGAAAGAGAAUUGGUUACACCUUAACUUGAUGGUACCAUAUUGCCAGGAAUUGUCAGAGACUCAUUACUAGAAUUAACCAGAGACAUGAAAUAAUUCAAAGUUAUAGAAAAGAAAGUGUACAUCUAAGAAGUUAUCGAAGCAAUAAGUGAAGGAAGAAUGAUUGAAAUGUUUGGAUCAGGUACUGCUGUCAGUAUUCAGCCAAUCGAAGCUAUUGGAUAUAAUGAUAAAAUCUAUGAAGUUAAGUAUGAUCCUAAGUUAAAUGCUGGUGAGUUGUCUCACUAGUUGUUUGAUAUGAUCACUGAGAUUCAAACUGGAAACAAACCCCAUAAAUGGAUUAAUGUUGUGUGA